AUGUCAGGAAAAUAUCCUUCUUUUCCAAAAUUAACUGAUGAGGAAUUGGUUAACCAUGUUAUUCCAGAAAUGCAUCAGUGGUCUUUAGCAAAUGGACUAGUCAUGUACCCACCAAAUUUUAAAGAAGAAGGGGCAUCAACUGCUCCCACUACUGUAUUUCCAACGCCUUUACCAAGGGAAAGUUUUGAACAUGCAGUCAAUGUUCAAAAAUCAUACAACGAAUUAUAUGCUAAGAUAGCUCAAGAUAAAAGUAAUUGGUUACGUGAGGAAUCUAAAAAGCUAUCUAAAUUUGAUGUUGAAUUUACAGGGAGGUUGUGGAAAACCUAUCUGAAAGCUGAGGGGAAAGGAAUUAAGCAAAAGCUAAGAUUAGGUGUCUUUAGAUCUGAUUAUUUAAUUGAUAAAGAACGCAAUGCAAUUAAACAAGUUGAAUUCAACACUGUUUCUGUAUCAUUUGGUGGAUUGUCUUAUAAGGUCAGUCAAUUGCAUGAAUAUCUAAAUGAUUCGGGUAAAUAUUCCUUAAAUAAUGGAUUAAAGUUCUAUGAUAAUAUCCCAAUUUCUGAUUCAUCACAAAAGUUAACUGAAGGGUUGGCUACAGCAAUUAAGCAUUAUGACUCUCUAAAGGAAAACCCAAUUGUUGUCUUUAUUGUUCAGAAAAAGGAAAGAAAUGCAUUUGAUCAAAGACUAUUAGAAUAUAAUUUACUAACGAAUUAUGGCAUUAAAUCAAGAAGAUUAAUAUUAGAUGAAGUUAAAAAUUCUACCUAUAUGGAUUUAGAGAGUAAUAGAUUGUUUGUGAAAGCUACCGGUGAAGAAAUUGGUGUUAUAUACUUUAGAUCAUGUUAUUCACCAUCUGAUUUUGCUAGUGAGGAUGACUGGGAUACUAGAUUAUAUCUUGAAAACAGUUAUGCCAUUAAAGCACCUGAUUUAUUGACUCAAUUGUCAGGAACUAAGAAAAUUCAACAACUUUUAACUGAUAAAGAUAUUUUAAAAGACUACAUCGAAGACAAGGACUCUCUUGAAGAUUUGCACUCUACAUUUGUUAAAAUUUAUCCUUUAGAUGACUCUAAUUUGGGGAAACAAGGACAAAAACUUGCAUUUGAAUCUCCAAACAACUAUGUUUUAAAGCCACAAAGGGAAGGAGGUGGUAAUAAUAUCUACAAAGAAGAUAUCCCAGUUUUUUUACAAAAAUUAGAUAAAAAUGAUUGGAAUGCUUAUAUUUUGAUGGAAUUGAUUCAACCUGAGCCAACUACUCAAAAUGUUUUAGUUCGUGGAGGUGAAUAUUUUAGAGAAAGCAUUAUUAGUGAAUUAGGUAUAUUUGGAUGUGUGUUGUUCAAUGAUGAUGAUAUAUUAUAUAAUGAGUAUAGUGGUUGGUUAUUAAGAUCCAAAUUUAACUCUUCUAAUGAAGGUGGUGUUGCCGCUGGGUUUGGUUGCGUUGAUAGUGUUGUUUUAUACUAA